CUCAACAGCUCUUUUGAGAACAAAAGAAAGGAAUAAGCGAUUUUUAUCUCUUGUCACAUCUGUGUGUUGUUCUUGAAAGUAGAAACCCUAAUUUAGAAAAAGGGAAAUUCGCAUUAGAGAGCAGUGGUAAAGUAAAGAAGAAGAAAGAUGUCGUACAUGUUGCCUCACUUGCACUCAGGAUGGGCCGUUGAUCAGGCCAUCCUCGCCGAAGAGGAACGUCUCGUUGUCAUCCGUUUUGGCCACGAUUGGGAUGAAACUUGUAUGCAGAUGGAUGAGGUGCUGUCAUCUGUUGCAGAAACAAUAAAGAACUUUGCUGUGAUAUAUCUUGUGGAUAUCACAGAGGUGCCUGAUUUUAACACUAUGUAUGAGCUAUAUGACCCUUCCACAGUUAUGUUCUUCUUUAGAAACAAGCACAUCAUGAUAGAUCUUGGCACCGGAAACAACAACAAGAUCAAUUGGGCUAUGAAGGAUAAACAGGAGUUUAUUGACAUCAUUGAGACGGUUUAUAGAGGUGCGAGGAAAGGACGUGGUCUUGUCAUUGCGCCUAAAGAUUACUCCACCAAGUACCGUUACUAAAUAUAUCAAUCUCUCUACUGGGAUAUAUGUAUGUAUGCUCAACUCGAUUUUCAUUCUGUUCCGAAACUUACUUUAUUUGGUUCACCCUUUGUUAUGUGUGUAUAAUUGUUAUUGAACUAUAUCAGUUUACACAUUUAUUUGUAUGUCAUCUUAAACUGUAACUGAUAUGCUCUGUAUAUGCCCAACAUGGACUUGGGUUAUCUUCUCCGAGGAUUUUGUGAUAAACCUAGUUGGUCGAGAAAAUUGAAGUUCUAAUUUUAACUGCUA